AUGAAAUAUCUAGAAAAAGAUGCGCAAGAGAGCAGACCUCAUUACGAUGAUAGGGAUUAUGGCUCAUUGAGAAAAGACUACCGAAGCAGUUACAAAAAAGUAUUGUGGCCACUGAAUCUUGGGAUUCACGAUGUUGAAGAUAAAAAUUUAAAAAAAGAGUUGUGCCUAAUUGUUACUAACAUACCAGUUGAUUGGACAAAGCUUGACAUUACCUGGUUUUUUAGGGAAUAUUUUUACAAGCUAGCCAUUGACAGGAACAUCGAGUUCCCGCUAAUCGAACAGGUGUAUUUGAUAAAAAACGAGCCAUCCGCUAUUUUGGCGUGUCACGAUUCAGUGUCGAGGGAGACAAUUCAGAACUUAUCCAACUGCACACUCAGGAGUGUUAAGGAUAAAAAGAAAAUUAUGCUGAACAUACAGCCGUAUUACAAGAAGGAGGAGGUGACGGAGAGGGAGAAAGGGAAAGAGAAGAACAGGGAGGGAAAAAAGGAGAACAGUCAAGAGGGAAAAAAGGAGAGUAACAAAGAGGGAAACAGAGAAAGCAAUCGAGAGGGAAAGGAAGACAAGAAUGACGACGAGAAGGGAGAGGAAAAAGCAAAUGGAGAGCACACCCAGGGAGAGAUAGAAAGCACUGAGGAAGGGAGACGCAAAGGUGAAAAGGAAAUGUCGAGCGACGAUGAAGAAAAUGGAAUGGAAUGGCCAAGGGACCUAGACCUAAGGAACUGCAGCGAUAUAGAACUGCGGAGAAAACUGUGCGUAUUCGGGAGAUAUAAGCCACUGCAUUGGGGUGUAAAAGAACUGACCACAUUUCUGAAGUAUUAUUUUGAUACCCUAAAAAGAGAUCACGAAAAAUUUGAAAUCCCAGAAAUAAGUGACAUGUGGGCAGAUAAGGGAACCCACUUAGUGACAUUUGCAUGCAAAAAUGAAAAAUCGAGGUUCAACAUGCUGUUAGUAAGAGCAUGCUACCUAAAUGAGGAUGAUGCGAAAAAUAAUGUAAAGAAUGCAUUAAGAGUAUGGAUACAGUUUGAAAAAUGGACCCCAUAUAAGAACCCCCUAAAUGGAAAAUACAAAAAUUAUAAAAUGCCAAGAAGUGAUUUUAACAAAUAUUCCUACUUACAUGACCACACCAUAGAUAAAGGUAAUUAUACACGGAGCUACAGAAACCCUCCUUAUGAUGAUUACCCAAAACAUAGAACUGGUUCUUACAGAUAUAGUGGAAAUGCACAUAGCAGAAUCACCCCCCCUUCAAAUUAUUACCACCAUAAUGCCGAUGAUAGAGGUCGAAGAAAUUAUGACCAUAUGAAAAAUUCCUAUGGGAAUAGAUCCCCUUCUCCUCCUCCACAAUCACAUUACAACAAAUAUAAGAAAAAGUACUCCCGUUCUCCGACCCCAAAAAAUUAUUAUAAAAAGAAAUUUAGAAGAUCCAGGUCGCAUGACUCACACAAGGAGGAAAUGAACUCACAUUGGCGUAAAAAUAAGAGCAAAGCAUACCAUUAG